UAUUUCUUGACAGCUUAUUAUCAUUUCUGCGAGUUCCCUGAGCUACCAGUGGCAGUUUAUCCAUUCAACAACAAAACUGGCGUAAACGAUGUCUCGCCAUACAAGGGAGAAGGUAUCUCAGAAGGCACACUAUUCUCCCGAGGCAUCCAUGGUGAGCUAGGUGGCUCCAUUGAGGUCCAGGGCCACGCGGAUUCCUACAUCGAGUUAACCAACACCGGACACCUGGACACGAAGGUCUCCAUCACCAUCUUGCUGUACGUGUACCCGUUAGGGAGCUCUGGUCCUAUUGUAAACUACAAGAGAGAUGGUCACGGAGUUCAGAUCUAUGAGACUAGCCGCGGUGGUAAAGGGUCUCUAGGCGCACGAAUCAACCCUCGCGAUUCCGUGGGGUAUCAACCUGAAGUCCGCAAGGCUAGAAUCCUUCGUUUUAACGAGUGGCAAUUCAUUGGAGUGACUUAUAAUGGUUCCUCAGGGGUUGUUAACUUGUGGCACGAAGGACAGGCAGUUGCUUCUCGUCGUUAUGAUAGGCUGGCUGACAUCGCUACGCAGUUUGAUGUUCGCAUUGGGACUCGACAAGGUAGCACAGGGGAAUGCUUUAGCGGCAGAUUGGCAUGUUUACAGUUCUACUCUACAGCUCUAACUGUGCUGCAAAUCGAAAAGGCACGGAUAGCAUGCAAGCCCUGUAAGUAUAAAAAAAUGCUUGUCAUAAAGACAAACUACUUACUGCAGAACCGAACGAAUUGAAAGAAACCAUAUGAGCUGGGCCCACUAUUGUCAAUGCACAAAUUUAAUACGUUUGCCAAUCUCAAUUCAAAUGUGUGCAUCGCUUAACAGCCGAAAAACCUACCAAAGUGCUUCUCACAACCCCAGCACCUCAUAACCUUCACCCUAGCAUUGAUUUGUAAAUACCACACUACUUUACACUGAUUCCACCAUUGGACCCACUAUUGCUUAUGCACAAAUAAAAUGAAUUUGCCAAUCUCAAUCUAAAUGUGUGCAUCCCUGAACAGCGGGACAAGCUACCAAAAGUGUUUUUCACAACCCUCAGCACCUCAUCACCUGCGCCCUUGCAUUGAUUGGUCAGUACAGCACUAUUCUACAUUGAUUCCACUAUUGGGCCACUAUUACGGAUGCACAAUUUUAAUGAGUUUGCCAAUCUCAAUUCAAAUGUGUGCAUCCCUGAACAGCGGGACAAGCUACCAAAAGUGCUUUUCACAACCCUCAGCACCUCAUCACCUUCCCCCUGGCAUUGAUUUGGAUUGUAAGUACAGCAAUGCUUUAGCUUAUUUCUGAAAGAUGUCAUUCAUCGCAGUUUGAUGAUAAUAUAAAAGUUUUUUUUGUUUCAAGAGAGUCACUUUACGAGACCACUAUUUUGUAAUAAGGCAUGUUGUCUGCCACGCAAGGCUCAAACAAGGCCUGUUCAGUAUACCAAAGCUUGUUUAUUUUUAAAGGACGUUUUCAUUGUUAUUAUCUAUCAGUUGAACCUGUGAGCGAAUUAAAGAUAGUGGUGCGGCAUAAAAGCAAGUACGUCGAAGUAAAUGAAACCAUCACGAUAGUGGUUAUCAACGACAAGAACGUCAGCUUUAGCGAGUACAAGUAUGAUCUCGGGGAUGGAAGUCCUAUCGUUAUCACAGACCAGGACACCAUACAUCAUAAGUACUCAAAACACGGAGUUUUCUCUGUGGGAGCUACAAUAUACAGCCGUUGCAGGAACGAAUCAUUACACAUCAGUACGUCUGUAUCUAUAGAAAAACCCAUAGUGCUUUUAGGAAAUCUGACCCUUGUGACUGAGCCUGUACCAUUUCCAUCUCCACUUUCGGCCGUUCUGAUAUCAGAUCAGGGCACAGAUUUUAAAUGUUACUGGAAUCUCGGCGAUGGCCAUCAAGCAGAGACAGACUUUGUCAAUCAUGGAACAAAACACAACUUAACGUAUUCGUUCAACGGCACAGGGGAUUACUACUUACAUGUUAGUUGUGUGAACAGACUAAGUCAAGCCAAUACUUCAACAAUGGUAAUCGUACAAGCACCCAUUUUCGGGCUUGCUAUCGAAAGAAUAACUCCUAAAGGUUAUCUGGAGCAGUUUAAAAUCACAUGGCUUGUCCAAAGUGGGAGUGAUAUUCAAUACACUGCGAGCUUUGCUGGACAGCAGCUCAAGACCUUUAAAACAAUAAACGAAACUUACGGUUGGGCAUGGGUGCAAUCAGACAAUCACGUGGGUCUAGGUGAACAAAGCAUCAUAGUUUCAGCAUCCAAUAAAGUGACUGUAACUCUGCGUAGUAGAGGCGCAGUUCGCAUAGAGAAACAAGUGGAACCAUUCUCCCCAGUUUUGUAUCAUUCGAACAGAUACAUUGAAGUUAACGAGUCUUUCGUUCUUUUUAUGACACACACCAACGUGGAGAACGGUGCAAAUCCCAUAUACAGUGUCGACUUGGGGGAUGGUAGAAGCCCGAUUACAACAGGAAAUUUGAAAACAAACUUGAGUUAUUCAACCUAUGGAGAUUUUAUGAUUACCAUAAAUGCGUUCAACAACGUUUCGGUCUACAACACCUCUAUCUCGAUCAAAAUUCAUAAACCCGUUUUGUUAGUAGAAUAUCUCACCCUGUCCACAGAACCUACAGUAUUCUUGCAGCCCACGAUAAUAACUGCCCACAUAAGAAGGGCUUCCGAUGUUAUUUGCAAUGCUUUAUUCAGCGACAUUCCUAACUAUAGCCAAAUAUAUGACCUUCGUGGAGAAUCCUUCUGGGAUCCAGUGAGCGGACAAAACAAUGUUUCGAACAACCCACCUGAGGUGACAUUCACUAUCAAGCGCAAUUUUUCUGCAACUGGCGUUUAUUCUGUGACAGUCACCUGUCAGAACCGUCUCAGCGAAAAGACAUCAAACAUCGACGCCAUAGUACAGGAGCCAGUGACUGGCGCACGCUGGAUCCCAAAUGAACCGACCAUACUCGGAAACCCAAUUAACAUUACAUUGGAAAUAACACUGGGAACUAACACCUCCUUUAAAGUAUCAUUUAAGGGUUACAGCUUUACCCACAAAAACGUCGGACAAAGGGCUUUUCACAUCAUCUAUCAAGAUAUUUAUCGGUCGGUGGGUUUUCAUCAAUUUACAUUAACCGUUUGGAACCGUGUCACCCAGCCGAUUGUUCUCCAUGGUUAUGCGAUCGUGGAGAUUCCCAUCCACGGUCUUGAGGCAUAUGUUAUUGGAGGGCCACAUGGUAUUGAGGUAAAUGAAAGUGUGAACAUUGGUAUCAAAUUGAAAAACGGAAGUAAUCCAGAAUUUCUGGUUGAUUUUAUGGAUGGGAGCGAAGCAACUGUCACCAGGAAACAUACUGUUGGGCAUAAGUUCAAUCCUCAUUCUCUGUAUGUAGUGAAUAUCACGGCGAGAAACAAUGUCAGUCAGGAAGUCACCCUGCUGAACAUCCACGUUGUUAAACCGGUCAUUCCACUUCAGAAGGUUUCCAUCAGUUCGUCACCCACUUCUUUAAGCAACACAAGUGAUAUCCUCCUUUACUUGUCGGAAGGUUCUGAUUUCUUUUGCGUCUGGCAGUUCGGGGAUGGGUCCAGCCUGAAUUCCAGCUAUCAGCGACUUGGCUACUAUUCUGACGGCAAGACGACAGACAAACGACCUUUUCAAAAUCUGACAUUUAUUGUCCAACACACUUACACAUCUACAGGAAUUUUCCACAUAUCCGUUAAAUGCCAAAACCGCCUGAGCUCAGAAUACGCUUCUGUGCCAAUCGUUAUUCAAGCCCUUGUUAAAGGGCUGAACAUCACAAAGGUUCCAGUACAGAUCGUCGGCCGAGAAUUUCCAGUCUAUUGGACCUUAUUAUCAGGAACAAACGCAACAUUUGAAGUCAAUAUUUCUGGAGCAAGCAUCAAUUUUCUCCACAUGUCUGAGCUAUGGGGUUUUGUUCGGGUGGUCCUCGCCAAUCCUGGGAAAUAUGUCAUUCGGGUAGGAGCUCGCAACCUGGUAAGUCCAAUUCAAACCAGGUCAGCUGUGAUCCUGGCGGAAGUUCCAGUUGGAAGCCUGACUGUUGACGUCUCCUUUGAGUCACGGGACCUAGAAAUGGACCAAAAUGUCACCUUCACUACCCAAGUCAAAACAGGCACAAAUCUUGUCUAUCUGUUUGACUUUGACGAUGGCAAUAAGGUUAAAAAUUACGUUGGAAAAGUAACGCACAAAUACGGUUACAAUGAUGUUUACGAGUCAAGGCCUAACGUGAGUUAUGAAGUUCUUGCGACGGCUAGUAACAACGUCUCUACUGUUAAAGUUUCAGUAAAUGUCACAGUACAUAAACCAGUCCUCCCACUUCAGAAGGUAAAGCUGUCUGCGUACCCAUCUAAUGUCUCUGAACAAGCGCCGAUUAUUCUUAUGAUCGACCAAGGGUCAGACUUUCAUUGCAUCUGCGACUUUGGAGACGAAAAGAUACCACGAAACUUAAAACUUGCGAAGAAGGUAUUUUUAGGAGAAGAUAGGACGCCCACAGAAAACUUUCGAAACCAACGUUAUCCAGUAAGGUAUGCAUACGACAAAGCAUCAAAAUAUCGACUUUUUAUCGAGUGCAGAAACAGACUGAGUUACACGAACACCACAGAAGAAAUUAUUGUGCAAGACCCAAUCAGAAAUUUAAAGAUCUUUGACAUUCCUGCGAUACGGUUUAACGAAACGUUUGUGAUAUCGUGGGAAAUUGCGAAUGGUACCGAUGCUGAAUUCCAAAUUACCUUUGCAAACUUGACUUUUGCAUUAUUUGGGGACAAUAGAGCGGUUACUGUAUCACCUGAUCACUAUAAAACGGCUGGUAUUUUCAAAGUUGUAGUGGUUGCUCAGAAUCUGGUGUCGUGGACUGCAGCCCAGAAAACUGCAGCCAUUCAAAUUCCCGUCCAAUUUGACAAAGUUAUCGCCAGUUUACCACAACCCGGUGGGUCUUAUGCUGGCUUCGGUCUCCCUGGGGACUACUUUCCUGCUUGUCGUUCCAUCAUGUUCGAAGUUCUAGCCAAAGGAACUAACUUAUCAUGCGAAUGGAAAACUGACGAUGUUGACCAGCAACUCGGUUCUAAAUGUCUUGUUUCGCUCAAAUUCUACCAGGUUGGGGCACACAAUUUGUCGGUGCUGAUCAAAAAUAUGGUGAGUGAGGAACACGCUAACAUCACAGUGAUUAUUCACUACGCCAUUGAGAAUGCCACAUUACAAAGCAACAGUCCUAAAAAACUCAAGCAGCCAGUCGAAUUUCACCUUAGUGCCAAGCAGCUAGGCACAGAGUCCUGCUUUUCUGUUGAUUUUGGAGACGGAACUCAUUCCUUAUAUGGUCAUCCAGGGUGCAAAGUAACAAGCGCAACAUCAGACCUUAUGGUCAUACCAGCGGUUGAGAGCGUCCAGUUUAAGCAUGUGUAUGAUGAAGUAGGAGAGUACGUGGUAACGUUAAACGCCUCAAAUGCAGUGUCUUUUGUAAAGCUUCAGACAGAUGUGGAGGUUGUGUAUGCUCCUUGUGCAAGCCCAAAAAUAUGGAUAGAACAUCUCGGUGCUAGCUCUAACACGGCUGCAAGGUCAUUCCGCUAUGACCCCUUCACUGUGCACACUACGGUACAGCUUGACUGCGAGAGAACAAGCAAGGUGGAAUUUAAUUGGCAAUUAAUCUCACACGACCAAAACGGGGUUCGAAGCAUCCAUGGGGCCAACAUAAUUAGAACUGAAAGAGAACUCAACAUACCUAGAAAAGGACUAAGGUAUGGUUUAUAUGAAGUGCACUUUACUGCACGGAUGGCGCUGCCUGAUACUGACAAGUACCGCAGUACAGAUAUUGGCUUCCUAAAGAUUGUUCCUUCGCCACUAGUAGCAAAAAUUGACGGCGGUAAUUUGAUCACCAGGGGAUUUGGUAAGGAAAUCAAGAUAGAAGGGACUCAGUCGAACGACCCGGAUUUGGAAACCGGACAAGAUUCUGGUGAGUAUUCAGUCGCCGUCUCCUUCUCCUUUUUCUUUGUUUUUGGUAAAAAUUGUGGUACCGAUAUAAAAUCGAACCAACAAACCUAAUUACACCCUGCCGGCUCAGGGAGGCCAAAUUUGUUUCCUGGCCUGGCCUCGUUAGGGAGCAGGGAUAAAAAAGAUACCAAAAUCCACUUGACAACGAUACUAUGGCGAUGGAGGAAAGUAACACUUAUACUUGAUUUUGAGCCUUUGAGCGCUGAAAACUCGAAAGGAAGCACAGUAUCUUCACUUAGUUUGGUAUCUGGAACUUUGAAGAAAGACGUUUUAAGUGUUGUAAUGCUGAGAAUGCUGCUGAAUGCAUUUGUAAAACAGUUUCACUUGGCUAAUUAGAAAAUCGAACCUCUUUCUACUUCCCAGGUCAUUUCCUUAUUUCAUUGUUAAUGAACCACAUGAAAUAAAGCGACAAGCAAGGUUUGACUCCGGUGGAGCCGCUCCUUGAAAUGGGCCAACCUUCUCUUUUUCAGGUUUACAUUACACUUGGUUAUGCAGAAGUAUUCACACUCAAUUCCCUACAACAGUUUAUCCAAACAUGACCCUGCGAUGCCCGUACGACACAACAAGGAAACUAGCAGCAGCUAGCAGUGCAAACUCCACAGGCUGCUAUGGUGACGGACAGUUUAUCUUUAAUGGUAAUAGCGGUACACUAAGUCUUGACACUGCCAAAAUGAUAGAGAAGGAGACUUACGUAGUAUUUUUAAUCGUACAAAAAGGAGGAAGGACAGCUCAACAGUAUCAAGUCAUAGAAGUUGUGACAGGUGAUCCACCAGUGACAAAAAUUGAGUAAGUGAUUAUAGUGUCCUUCGAUUAAUGCGUUGUUUUGGGGUAACCCAUUUCAAAAUAUUUGGCUUAAAAAAAGAGAAAAUACUCAGUUAUACUUGACUCACGAUUAAGGUUGCUUUGGGCACUGGCAAGCAAAUCAUUGCAGUGAGUUCCGUAUGCACCAAUGUCCAAUGCCCAAUUGUCAAGCAAUAUAAUUGAAUUAGGUACAUGCGAUACUACAAGUGUUUAUUUUAUUUAAGGGAUGCGACAGGCAGUCUUUGCAAUCGCACUACCUUGAUUAGCUCAAUUAACCAAGUCAGCAGUUAUGCAAAUCUUAUGUUAACAAAACGUUGCUGCCCGAAUUGUUGUUGCAAUAGCCUUUUUACAAACCUUAUCAACCAAUUAUUUCAAACAGAUGUAAACAAAAUUGCGCAGAUAAAAUCAAUCCGUCACAGAGACUCGCACUUUUCGCGACCUGUUUUGAGGGAUGCAUUGGGCGACUGAUCUACGAAUGGCAAAUUUACAAAAACGUCAGUAGUGACUCCACUGAAUCCUGGGAGCUUGUGCAAGACAUCAGGCAAAGCGAAGUAAAGGAUCCUAGUGGUCCCGUAUUCACGGUGCCCAAGGAUGUGCUUGAAGGAGGUACCGGGUACCGUAUUCGUCUCUACAGCCGGAGAGAGAAAGGUGUAAGAGGGAAGACUGAAAGUAUGCUACUGACGAAUGAGGUACCUCGAGCAGGGGCCUGUUUUGCUAUCCCCCUGAGGGGAAAUGCACUCAUGACUAAAUUCCAUAUUUGGUGCGAUGGCUGGACCGAUGCAGACAUGCCCUUGAGCUACAAAUUUUUCUAUAAAAACGAAGGAAAGCUGGUGCUGUUUUACUACGGACUUCACAACUUCACACGCGCAGAACUGCCACUUGGAGACCCAGCUAAUAAUUAUACAAUUGAAAUUGAGGUGAAAGUGUUGGAUUUCUACAAAGGCGAAGCCAACUAUUCUUUAUCUUUGCAGGUAAGAUGUUUGUUUUAUCAGACUUGAAGGAAUAUGUACCUAAAUGAUUCAUAAGUUUGAAAUUCUCAAGCGCUCAUGUUAUUGUCUUAAUGAUGUAGUCGGUAGAGCCAGACAUGAAAGAGGAUGAACUUGGUGAUAAGCUGGCUGACAUGACAUCAGGCGAAAACAGCGACUUAGGAAAAUUGGUGAGCGUGGGAGACACACAAGCGGCCCUGAGACUCGCUGGUGCUGUCAACUCAUUGCUUAAUGCGCAGAGCACAAAAUCUCCAUCUAAUGAUACUAAGGAUAUUAGUGCAAGGAAAGAAAAAAGAAAAGCGGUGCGAACAGCAAUUGUUAAAGCGGCGACAUCACUUCCGGUGAACAGCCUGGAUGGAUUACAACAGUCUGCCAAUAUGAUCGCGAGUGCGUCGAAGUUUAAAGAUGAAACUUCGACUGCGAGCAUGGUAAGAUAGCUUAGCUUCAGCACUACUGGGCAAUUUUGGCUUCCCGAAAUCUUACUGAUUUUCUUUAUCCACAGAAAAAAUCACGCCUUAUUUAUCUUAUGGUUACAAGGAAAGGCCUUAUUAAUGGACAUAUUCAGAAAGCAUAGGGCGAGUGAAGUAAAAGAAGAGAAUAUCAGCCUUUUAGCUCGCAGACAGUGAUUUGCCUUUAGUCUUCUUCUUUAGGCCUCGUUACUUAAUCGUUUGAUUAGUGCUAAAUUGGAGCAGCAAAUACAACCUACCACGAUAUUUAGUGGGGCAAAUUACUUUCCACCCUAAUCCUCCUUUCUAACGCACAAGAAAACCUUAACAAAAUUCUUAAGAAAGCUGCUUCAUAUAUUUUACUUAAUUUUUAUUAGCAUGAUCAAAACUAAUGAAAGAGAUACUCAUACAAGAAACUUUCUUGUUAGAACGCAUCAACGGCGGCCUUUGAAAGAAUGUCAAAGGUAUUAAAAGCCAGUUCUGACGAUUUAGCGGGCUUUGAUGCAGUGGUUAGCGGUGCCGAGGCCCUGUUGUCAGGAAUGGGAUACGUUCUUAAUGCCGCUGGGAGCUCUGUGAUGGUGAAGCCCCCAAAAAGGAACGCCACGGCAGCACCUCCUACCUGUGCACCCUAUGAUUUUACUUGCACGGAACCUAAGCAAGAGGCAACUGGAAAUUCUACGGAUGAAGAGGAAACUGUAGAACUUGAUGAGGAAUCUUCAAAGGUUUGCUGCGAAUUCGUUCUAAUAAACCUUUUUAGUUUAUGUGUUUUGUCCUCCCAUUGUAGACCACGUGAUAGUACCUCAGAGAACUGUUUCUUUCAAAUGUCGUCCUAACCACGUGCACAUGUUUUAUAGAAGAAAGAGAAAAGGUAAAUUCCCUUGAGAUCAUCAUGUGAUCUGAAUUGGAAAAACAAAACAUAAAAGCCAAAAAGGACUAUUCAAAGACCGUUCUGAUGAAAUAACGGGGCAGUUAAACAGAAAAAAAAUACUUUAAACUUCACGCAUCGCGUAGACGAAAAUUUCAAUAAUCCACUAAAUGUUGUCUUUGAAGAAAAGCAACAGCGUUCUGGAGAGUCCAUCUGUAACAUGAGUCAAGGGUCUUCAGUUUCCCGGCUAAUUAUAAAUUCAGCGUCGAGGAGCGCAAGUGUAAAACGUAGAGUGUAUAUAUGGUUGAAGAAAAUUGAAAAUGAAGAUAAGGACGCACUGUGUAGACGAACAGCUGCCAUACUGGCUCGAACGCUGUUUGCGAUCUUUAUCGGAAAAGGAAUCUAAAAAAAAAAUUAAGGUUUAAGUCCAAUUGACCACUCCAGAACAUACCAUGGCCCCAAGAGAAACUGAAAACACUGAUUAUGCAAAAUUUUGGGGUAACAAACAAAGAGCAUUAUGGUAUGUUAUGGUAUUUUAUGGAGUGGUCAAUUAACAAAUAAACAACAAUUGUUCAUAGUCUAUACUCAUACAGCCUCAUAACGUCAAAAUGUUCGAAUCACUACAAAGCGGAGGAAAUACAAGUCUCCAAUGGCUUCGCUACAAAGUUUUCAAAUCUUCUUCAUUGCUAUGGUCUAUAGUAUAGACUAGGAAAGUUCGUUUUUUUAGAAGUCCAUUUUCAGUGAACAUUCCCGGAAAAUCGGAUGUGAGAGACAGAGAAAGCACCAUCGUUAUGUCAUUUCUAUGGUCUGUGCUCUCACAAACCGUAGUUCUCGACCAAAGACCGCGCAAGUAAUAACUUAGUUAUUGUAAAACACCGUGUCACUAAAUUGUAGUCAACGAAGGCUUCUACGUAAUGGCUUCCUGAAAUAUAUCAUUUAUUUAUGAAUACCCUACAGAGCCGAGACGCAGCUAACAACAUCUUGAACAUGCUCGGGAGUGUUGGCGGUUCUGUUCUGGAAAAUAAACUUCCGGGGGAACAGUCCAGUGUUAUCUCCACUGCAAAGCUGAACAUAGCAGUGGAACGUUCUGAACCAGAUUCUUUGGGGGGCUCCGCCAUAGGCGACGGGCUAGCCGGGUUCCAGAUGCCUUCUGCUGGGAAACUGUUUUCGAGUAACGUUGAUGGCACAGUCGACAAAGAGGUAAGUGCAAAAAUAGAUGGUGUGAAUAAAAAUUCGAAUUUUUAAUACAGAGCGCGACAGAAUAUAACUCAUGGGAGAAGAACGAGUGGAACACAAUAUGUCCAUUUAAACAAGCGAUCAGUUAAAACAAAAGAGGAAAAUAAAGGGAGUUUUGACGGUGAUCAUCGUAUUAUUAGAGAGAUUUGGAGUCACGCUCACGGAAAACCACAAACGUUAGUUUAAAGUUGAGAAUGUCUUAAAAAUAGAAAAUGAACAGAUAAAAACUGUUCAAAACAAUAUUUAUGGAUGAAACUAACGUGAAUCUGCUACUGUAAUUGUUUUGUUUAAGUAAUAAACAGUAAAAGACAAGUAGAGGGAAAACUUGGUCAAGUGGUACAAAUUUACGUUUGCCGUAAACAUGACUCUAAAUCUCGUUAAUAUUGUUCAUACUGAGGUUGUGCCGUGGAGAUAGCCGUCUUUAGUAUUCACCAAUCAGUGGAUAGCAAUUUUCGCGCGUUCUGAACGGCUCCCGUAACUCAGAAUAUCCUUGGAUAUUCACUGUUUUGGGAAGGGAUUCACAAUGGCUUCUAGUUUCGCGACAGUUUCCAAAGAUGAAUUUUAGCGGUAAAUGAAGCAGCUGUACCAACAAAUACCAAGAAAGAGACAAAAUUUGGCUUGUCGGUGUUUACUGGUCGGUAAAAAAAUUUCUUACAGAAUUUUCUCUAAAAUCAUAAAAAAUGGUCCCCGAAACACUGUCAAUUGAAGUGUAAACAAACUCGCCAAGUGACGCCUUUUAUUUACAAAAAAAACCUUUUGAUUUUUAUCCAGCUGAUUUCGUAAAUACUAAAACAACUAUACCCCUCAGGGUCGAUGAAUAGCGCCAGAUAUAUAAUAUCGCACCACUGUUCACCUCCCCUUCGGGGGAUAGUUUAGCCUGCGUGGCAGGCGUUAAAAGGGGAAGGAGAAGGGGAAAUUUGGGCGCGCCUAAAUGCCUCCUUCUCCUUCCCCUUCUAACGCCUGCCACGCAGGCUAGGGACAGUUGUGUAAUAGAAACGGUCUAAAACGGAGAUCCUGGUCUGCAUGAAUGUACGAGUGAAAUAACCCUCUUGCGCCUCGAGUGUGUUGUUAGCUUGUGUCUCCAUUUCCCCCUCAGAUGGCAGCCAUGAAUGAAAAUCCCUACACGUGGGGCAAAAAGUCUUCAGACAUUUCGGGAAAAGUUGUGAGUCUUUCGUUCAAAAGCAAGGGUAAAAAGCUGAAAGUCUCUAAUCUGAAUGAAGAUGAUCCAAUAGACAUUUUCAUCCCAAGAGAUACUCCUGUUGAACCGCCAAAGUCAUUCGUCUAUAACAGCUCUUUACACCACGGAUGGCGUGUUCAUAAACUGGUGAUUGAUAAAAAUGGCACCGCGGUGAACGUUGAGGUUGGGUUAGUUGGUUCUGACCAACAAUUUGAAGUGUACGUCAGCCGAGCGAAAAUUCCUACCGUUACAAAGUUUGACUUUUGGAAGGCGUCUCCCAACAAAACGCAGCACGAACCAUGCAAUCUGUUUCUUCAUGAUGAUUCCCCAAACACCACAGAGGAAAGAACGAACACUUCGCAAAAGAGAGUAAAAUCAUCUGGAGAGUACGCUAACUUGACGAAAACGUUAAACAGCUCGAACAUUUUGGGGCAUCAUGAAAGAACCGACUUGAAGAUUCAAGGUAGCGAAGUAUCACUGUUUCUUCCUCAAAAAGACCUGUAUAUUGGAACUUACUACAUAGGAAUUAAGUUUACAGAAACGCCCCAGGGUCCUGGCUGUUACUACGGAGAUUACAACAUCACCUACACGCUGCGGACGUUUAAAUCAAGAUGCUUAUACUGGAACGAGGAGCUUCAAAAGUGGAAGAGUGAUGGUUGUCAGGUAAGAAAUAAAUCAGUUGAACAUGGGCCAUGAUUUAAUAGAUUUCCCAGUAAAUAAUUUUUUUCAAAAACAUAACGCAAUGACCUUGCACGUGUUAGCGAUCUGUGUACGGGUCUCUCAAUGGUGGUAUGUGUGGUAUGAGGUGCCAAGAAAUUGUGGUUACCGGAGUCAGAAGUUAACCUUAUAUUAAUUAAGGUAACAACUUUGGAAAGUUACUCCUCACUUCACAUAUCGAUUUAGGGAAAGUCGGAUAACCUUACUAAACAACCUGUACAAUCUUGUCAUCUUGAAAUCCCCACUGUUUAGUUUGGUAUAUUUUGUCUAGUGAGAGCGCAGAAGUACCUUUGGCUGUUCGUCACCGUCAAACGCUUUAUUUAUUUUAAAGAAGAAACAGAUGAAGAAGACAUUUUAAAAUGUUAAGGCCCGUUUCAAAUGUCUUGCAGAAUUCAUUUCACCAUAAUUGGCAUGAAGUUAGCCUUCCGCACGACGUCUAAAUGAAUUGUCCUACCAAGUAAUUAGAACUGAAAAGCUAUGUCUUUCCUGAGUAGUUUCUGAAUGAGUUUACCACGGGUAGAAUCAGUCGUCGUCCAACUCAUGUAUCCGAAAUAUGCUCUCAUAUACUUUUCUCUUGGCCUACCACAACUGAAUCUAGUUCGAAACUACGACGAUAACAUGUACAAGACGUGAAUCGGGCCUACUCACUACCGUUAACACGACUUCAACACGGCUUUUAACCUUCUUCAAAAUACAGAAUCUUAAUAUCUUUAUCUAAAUGCAGGUUGGUAAUUUGACAAGCAUUACUCAAACUCACUGCCGUUGUACACAUCUGACUGCAUUUGGUUCAAUGAUGGAUGUGGCGCCAAACCCGAUCGACUUCAGCGCCGUAAUGGAUGGUUUUAGUUCAAUGUUUGAAACUGGAAAUGUUACAGUCUUCUUUUUUGUUCUUGUCAUAUUUCUUAUUUAUGUUUUGGUCUUGGUCUGGGCUAGAAGAGCUGACAAAAAAGACUUGCAACAGGUAACGCAUUUUCUUAUUGAAACAUUUAACGCAACCGUGGGUGACGCUUGGCAGAAUUUGACAUUUAAGAGGUCAAUUUUUACUACCAGGUUAACUCUCCCCACCGCUCACUUAUUGCUUAGUUAAGCAACGGAUCUAUAGGAGGGCUCUAUCUCCCGUUUUUGCAGAAUCUACCCCGUUCGGCACAAGUCGCGAUCCGCCAAAUAUCAAAGUUCCCCAAUCAAGAAACUUUUAAACUAUUGAUGUCGGAGUAAGGAUUUCUCAAAGCCACUAAUUAAGUGUCUCUGGGCUUUAAUAUUCCUUAAUCAUGCAAAACCAAUGGAUUAAUUUUGAUUCCACCACCCUCGCCCUCUUGCCCAAUUGAAAACACAUGCAGUCAGCCCUGAUCUCUAAGAAGUCAGCUUUAGAAGGACCAUAUAAACAGCCGGUAAAAAGCGCCUUCCCCAGUUAUAGCCUUAUCUAUGUAAUAAUAAAAAAUAGAAAAAAUCCGGUAAUAACCCCCUUCCAAUUUUGUUUUAAAUGUAUUGAAAUGAAUUCGAUUUAUGAAGUUUUAAAGCUUAAUUGCAAAGCGUAUUUUGAUCAGCACUGCUUUGGCUUAGUUAUUUAUCAUUACUCCUCCUCGGUACUGAAAAGGUGGAAUCGUCUUCUUUACUUUUCCGUGCUCUCCUUAGAUUGGGGUCACUCCUAUAGCCUCAAACGUACCUUAUGCAACUUACCACUAUGAGCUUACGUUUUUCACUGGUCAGCGGAGAGGGGCUGGUACAACAGCUCAAGUGUCGUGUCUAUUGGUUGGUGAACGUGACGACAGCGGAAUCUGCAUCUUAAAAGAUGACAAACGCCCGACAUUUAAACAAGGCAGCGCUAAUGCUUUUUUAAUCUCCGUUGCUGGUUCUUUGGGUUCACUUGCUUCGCUCAGGGUUUGGCAUGAUAACCACGGAUUGGCACCUGCUUGGUUCCUGAAGCGUGUUUUAGUGCGGAAUCUACAGACAGACGCCGUCACCGUGUUUAUUUGUGAGCGAUGGUUCGCACUAGAAGAAGAUGACGGUGCUAUCAUGCGGGAGUUAACCCCUGCGUCUGAAAAAGACCUUACAACGUUUUCAAGAGUCUUUAAUAGUAAAUUGUACAAAGACUUCACAGAUGCUCACCUGUGGUUCUCAGUGCUGCUAAAGCCAUCGCGGAGUAGUUUCAAUCGAUCUCAACGCGCCUCUUGUUGUCUCUGUCUCCUGUGCACAGCCAUGGUAGCAAGUUGCAUGUUUUAUGGGCAAAACACAACCUCGGACGAGUCGGCGAACCUGUUGCUGGGGCCAAUCGAAAUUAACUUACGUUCAAUCAUGAUCAGCAUUCAGUGCAGCCUCGUUAUUAUUCCUGUGAACGCUGUUGUGGUGACCAUGUUUAAGAGCAUCAAACCUAAAAAGGUAAAAGAGACAAAACAAGACAGUGAAGAAGAAAAGCCAGAGGAGUCCCUUUCAACAGACAGAGAGGAAUUUUCUACAAUUGAUAUUAACCCUAGAUAUGAAAAGAACUCCCUUAAAGAGAAAGAAGUUCCUCUGGAUUGUGUCAAGUGUGAGAUAAAUGAAUCAUGCGGCUCAAAAAAUGACGAACUGAUCAUGGAAAAACAACCAAAAGGAAUUUUUGGUGGCAAAUUUUUGUUGUUCAGAAGCAGAAAACAAGAUUACGUUUUGCAACCGACAAGCAUCGACUCAAAGGAGUAAGUAUCGUUCACAUAUUUGGUAGUAACCUAAACCUACUGAUAUUGUAAAAGCACAAAAGAGUGAUAGGGUGGAACCCGUAAGUACGACCAUCCCUAGACCCUGAAGAUCAGGUCGUAUGAACUGGGUAGCAUCAAUAUGAAACUUAGCCUUUCUGAACUGUGAUUACUUGGCUCAUCACUCAGCCAGUCUCACCAGGAAUUCGACUGGUCGUAUUAAUGGGAUACAAUUGUGAGGGUUAUUAACGACUUGGGAGUCUAAAACUGUCGAUGGUCGAUGAUCGUCGUGAUGGGGAGGUCAUAUUAUAUCCUGCGUAACCUGAGAAAACAGCCGACAUUUCACGACACCACCAGUGGUUUUCCCACGAACUGACGUCUGAGAAACGAGCGCGGAAAUUCUAUACUGAUGACAAGUCACUACCCAGAUCUGGAUAGUGCUUCUGAUUGGGUGAAGCAAAUGUCCUACUCGGCACGUCUAAUCAGAAGGACGCGACAUCAGUAUGGAAAUACUGCGCUUGUUUCUCAGACUUCAUUCCGUUAGGAAACUAGUGCUGGCGUCGCGAAAUGUCGACUGUUUUCUCAGAUUAUACCGUGUGUGGCAGGCGCAAAAAAGCGGAGGGGCAGGGGAGGGGAAAAACGAAAGGGAAAAGAAGGAGGGAGCGCUUGCAAAACAUCAGGUAAUUGGAGUGUAUUAAUUAAAGAAUAGCGAAACAUGAGCUUGGAGGUGAGAACUGGUUAUUAUUCUUUCGUAGCUGUGAAAAGAUACAGGAGACCUCAGAAGUCACUUCUGAGGAGAACGAGAAGACGAAAGGCUGGUUUUGGGGAAAAGGAAAGAACGACGUGAGCGACAAAGAAAAGAAGAAAGAUAAGAAAGGACAAGGAUUCCUACCACAUUGGUGUUUGUACAUAGCUUGGUUUCUGUGCAUCUCCGCGUCAAUUACAUCAGCUCUUUUCACGUUGUUUUAUAGCAUGCAGUGGGGAAGAGACAAGUCCAAUCAGUGGUUUGUGUCCAUGGUACUGACCUUUAGUCAGGACACGCUUAUAAACCAGCCUGCUAAAGUUCUCUUACUUUCCACUGCUUACGCGAUUUUCAUAAAGAAAAGUGACGAGGAAAGUGAUCUUGAACAGAGUAACGAAGAUCCAAGAAAAGGUAAGAAUAGCUCUUCCAGCAUAGGGCGACCUAGGUGUUUUUCUUUUCCAGGCCCAUGUAUUCAAAAGAUAGAUAGUGCUAUCUACCGGAUAAACAGCUAUGCAGUGGAUACGUAUUAGGGAAACCAGUUGCGUUAUCCAUUGGAUAGUGAUUUAGCGACCUUUUGAGUAACUGGCACCAGACGAUUCUGAACAAUGAAAUGCUGAAAGUGCUAAAAGAGGGUAACCUAAUUCAACCACACAAAAUGCACAUCCCUUUCCAAUUUUCCAUCCGUCGAAAGAAACGACAUCUUGUACUUUUUGCCAGUAUAGGCACAGUACACAGUCCAUCAUAUCAUCUGAAACCAAAAUAUUCACAGGCAAUUUUUUGCGAAAGUGGCCACAAAUGUGUGCUAGCGAACUUCGAGGCACUUAGUUUGAGAAAAGUAGUUAUACAAGUACCUUUAUAUCUGAUUCGGUUACUGAAAAAUCUUCAGAAAUUCAUGCCAAAGCGGGAAUAAUAACUAUUAUUAUUCAGUCAAAAUAUUUCUCCGUUUCUGAUUGGCCACGGCUAAAUCUACACAACCAGCUGAUCAAAACUGGACGCCGUUUCGAUAUUGGUACAAAUGACGCUAGAUGUGUAGAAUAUGGGCAGAAAAAGGGACGGGAAACCGAGAAGCCCCUGAGGACGGGAGCGGCAGCUCAGCUGUUUUGGUAGAAAUAAAGAAAAUGGCGGAAUAUUUCACGCGUUUUGCGAUGAAGAAAGAGCCGAACUAUGCCUAAAAGCAAAUCGAUGGACGGCAACUGCUUUUUGAAGAAAAACUGAAAAAAGCAAAAAAAAAACAUCCUUUUAUAUCCUGAAUUUGCCGAAAAACAGUGAAAUGAAGACGGGAAUUUUACAUCGAUCUAGGUUAGCAUCUCCAAAAUAGUUUGAAAAGUAACAAAACAAUUAUUGGAUUAGGACUCGGUACGCCAUGAAGAAUUUAGCGAUAGAGGAGGAUUUCGGAAGACUUCCUCCUCGAUUUUCACAAUUCUUCAUAUCAUACUCAGCCUCGUCCAAUAACUGCUAAGUGUCUCUAAACGUGAUGGAGAACGGGGGAGUUUCAAGCUUCAAUUUUCGUAGCAAUUGGGUUAAAUGAACAUGGAAGUUUAUUUUAAAAGUCAUCCAAUCAACUUGCAGUUCGUGUUUUAUGGCGUCUCAAGCGUUGUGUUUUUAACUUGAUAGAACACUCGUGCUUGUUUAUUGGAUUUUUUUUUCAAACGCAGGUGCAGACGAGGAGUGGAUUCACUCAUCUCAAGAAAAUGGAAUAGGGGAUCAGGAUGCCAGAGAAAUAGAACUUCUUCGCUAUCGACCACCUGACGAGGGCACAUUAAGUGCUUUGCGUGAAACUCGAGUUAGACAAAAGGAAAUUAAGAGGAAGUUUAUCAAUCUUGGAGAUUAUGUUUUUAUCCUGCUUGUCCUGGUAUUAGUCAGCUAUGGUAACAGAGAUCCAGCAUCCUUCACGAUGAGAAAUUCUCUGGAGCAGGAGUUUAUGCAGCCUCUUACCGCCUCCUUUCCCCAGGGUCUUGACGAUGUAAGUUAGGCUAGGUUUACACGGGAGGAUGUUUUUUCUGGAUUCAUAAACGUUUUCAGGUUUAAUGUAUUUAAGGUGCUAGGAUUCAAAGACGUUUUCUCACAUCAGAAGAUUCAUCGCGACACAGAAGUAUUCCGCAUGCAGCAUCUCCGCAUAGGCGACCAGAACGGGACGUUUUUAUUUCGGAUUCACGCAUCUGUGCGUAAACGGCAAAAAAAGCCUGUUGCAAAAUGUUCCAGAUUCGUAACGAAUCCGAAACAAAAGUCUCCUCUAGUGUUAACAUAGCCUUAGACAGUUAUUCGUACAUUGUGUGUUAACACUUGCCUAGAAAAACAACAGACAACAAUAACGAAAAGAAACAUAUACUGCCGGAUACGCGAGGAAUGUAUGGAGUCGCUUAAGUUUCUUAUCUCCCUAGCCAAAAGGCACACUGUUCGAUAUCUGUUGACAAACAGAUUAAUACGCCCUGAUGAAAUGUCGAAGAUGCGUUGAACGACGAAAAGGUGGACUCCUCUGCGUUCGUGUUGCAACUUUUUGAGCAAGUUGCAUGUUGUUUAACUAGUUGCAACUUUCUAACCGACGACAGUCAGUGUCAAUUGAAAAAUGCUGAUGUUUUUUUCUACUUAUUCAAACAAGCUGCAAUAUGGCUCGCCGUUUGUCUAACAACAUACACUGAACGAUGAAUCCUUCUUUUCAUUGGACUUUUCUGGCGUUUAAUCUCUACUUUGUAUUUAAGGUACUCUAAUCACUCACUCACUCACUCAAUCAAUCAUAGUUUUGACGAAUUAAAUCAAGCAUGCGAAUCAAAAGCCAACAAACUAGACUACUAUCUAUGACGUAUGAAUAAUAUGGUCUUUGUUCUUAGGUCAAUAAUCUACCACUAUUUUUGCAAUGGGCACAGCACUCAUUAGUUCCCUUCCUUUACGAAGAGGAUUGGUACAACGGAGAAAAAGUGACAAACAGGACUGGCUUUUCUUCCGGCAGAGCGUCCAUGCGACUUGGCAAGAUACGACUUCGACAGGUUCGGGUUAAAAACGGUAAGUGCUUACCUACAGAGAGGCCUACUUGAAUACCAUGUCAAUACGUCACUUCCCGACCUGAGUCGGUCCGCAUUCGCGGUCGGUCGCCUUCAGCCUCGGCUCUACUCGACCCCUCGGGCAGAGUAUUUUUAUGCGGACUUCCCUCCCCGUAUUAGAACCGUAACAGACGCUAAACAUCGCCGAACUUAAGUCCGGUUGUGUACAUGUGUCUUUUCAAGUUUCAAAUAGGUCUCAGUAUUUGUCGUCUCCAGUAGAAAAAUUAAUUAGGAAGAUAGGAGUUGUUAACCAGUUCCAGCAAAAUCAUGACAGGUUUUCACUUUCUAUUCUUAGUUCAGCUCUUUUGAAAGCGUACUAUUAGAGAUGUUGAGAACUUAAGGGACGUUUUGUAUCCUAACACAGGUAGCUGUUCUGUGCCCAAAAUUAUAAGAGAAGCAAAUCUGAUCCAAGAAUGCAAUCCCUCAUAUGACGUAUCACAGAACGAAGAACGAAAGUACAGUCCCGCAUGGAAAGGUGGUUUUGAAGUGGACGAGGACAACCCAAAGGUAAACAAAAGGAAUCCAAAGGGAUUGCUGUCUCCGUGGGUUUACAUGGAUGCAGCGGAAUCGAAUUCAUCACUAACUUAUAACGGUAAAAUUUCCUUUUUCCCAAGUGGGGGAUAUGUAGCCGAAUUUGGUAGUACGGCUGAGGAAACCAAGGCGUUCCUAAGGUAUUUGAACUCUCAUCACUGGAUGGAUAAAUACACCAGAGCUAUCUUCAUUGAAGGAACAGUAUAUAACCCAAACGUAAAUUUAAUAGGAGUAAUGGAGACUGUCAUUGAGUUUACUUCCGCUAAUAUUUUGUUACCACGAGUAAACUUCAUGAUAUUCCGGUUGUACGCUGACCUUAAUCCUUCAUAUGCAUUUUAUUCCGCUUGCGAAUUCUUGUUCUUUGGAAUUCUUCUCUACACUUGCUAUACCAUCAUAAAAGGCAUCUACCAGCGAAGAAAAGAAUAUUUCCGCAACGCUAUCAGCUGGUUGGAUAUGAUUUUCUUUUGCAAUGGCAUUGCUAUAGUUGUAGUCUACAUAUUACGGGAAGCCCGUCUAAAAAGCGCCAUUGGUGUCCUUAAAAAAGAUCAGGAAUCGUUCCUAAACUUUUCGGAGUGUGCAUUGUGUAGUGAAGAACUCGUGUUUCUAUUCGCGUUUGCCGCUUUCAUCGCCAUAUUGAAAUUUAUCAACUUUUUAAGCUUCACCCGAUGCGUUCAGUUGUUAUCGACCACAAUUUUCAGAUCGCUUGUUGAGCUGCAAUCCUUCGCUGUUAUGUUGCUGGCUAUUUAUAUGGCAUACGCGUCAAUGGCAUUCACCAUUUAUGCCCCGUAUUUGGAAGAGUACAAAUCCGUUCCGUCCACGCUUGGUGCUUUAACUUGUGUUGUAAUGGGGGUGUUCGAUUACACAGACUUUACCUCGAUAACUGAUUACAAAAUCGUGGGCUACUUCUUUUUUGCGUCUUUUUCUACGAGCAUGAUUUUCAUCUUCACAAAUAUCGUUAUAACUAUUAUCAACAUUGUACACAAAGACGUGUGCGAGGACGAAGAACUUAAGCAGGAGGAAGGAAACUUCUUCAAUGCCAUACUUGACCGUCUUGUAAUUUUAAUGGGAUUUCGAGGACCCCCAAAACGAGAAGAGCCAAUAAUCCAGGAACCGUCCAUCGUAGAACUCCAGUGGAAAUUGAACGUACAAUAUAUAACAGAAAACCAGUUAAACAGGCUCAACAGGCUAAUUAAUUCCGUCUAUACUCACGAUGCAAUGGAAGAUGUACUACUAACAAAUUAUCUUUAUCGUAAGCGAGAAAAAGAAACCCAGUCUGCACCACUUAUGAUUGACGGUGAUCGCGACAGUGGUGUUAAACAGGACCUUGAAUGUGAGGAAAGGCUUCAAGCUAAAGUCGACGCUAACGUGAACCAAAAGUUACCAGCAAAAACCAAAUCCACCCACCCAGAAACUGCGUUAACUUCACCAAAUAAUUCGACUGAGGCUAUUACUCAGUUAAUUGCCAAGAAAAAAGAAGAACUGACACUGGUUCAGGAAGAAGGAAAUUCCAAUGAAAGGGAGAUACUGCUGCGUGUUAAAGUUAUCAAAUGCCUCCAGGAAUUGCUGGAAAAAGCCUCCGGCAAUAAUGAGCCGGCAAGACUGCAUACCUAUAGUGACGAGCAGUUACUAGUCUAGUUUUCGAAAUAUUUUUAUUACGACAGACUGUUUUUUCAGGGCUCAAACUGCGAGCAGUCGUCUUUUUCCCCCAGAUUAAUGGGACGCGCGAGCUGAGUAUGCUAACACGCCGCUGCCCUAGUUCGUCUCACGUGCGGAGUUUAUUCUCCUUCACACUCUCUUUUUUUUAUAUAAGAAUGUUGCUUUCCCGGCCCUGGCUGAAUAUUCCUAUUUUGCCGAUUUUAGGCUGAAAAUAUUCUCGCAUUAUUCUUAAAUUAGAGCUUACGACAUUUCCUUGUUAGAAUAUAUUAGGGUAUCACUUAUAGUUAGUGCAGGUUUUGUCUUAAAGUUGGCAAGUUUUGCCGUUUAGAGAAUGGAAUAAGUUGAAAACAAUAGACCAAUUCUGAUAUAUUAAAAUUCUUACUUGGCAGCGAGGCUUGGGGGAAUAAAACAAAAGAAAUCAUCUUGAGGCUCAGCAAUGAAUAAUACAUUUCCUUUUUUGUUUCAUUCCCCCAAGCCUCGGAGCAAGUAUGGAUUGUAAUAUACCGAAAAAGGUCUAUUGUAUUGCAUUUACAGUUUUCGAACGCACAAAAUUAUAUCCUUUUCAAAAUCUCAGUCUGAGGUUUAUUCUCAAAAUAUUCUUAAAAUUUCACACAUUUCAGCCUCGAUACUCUUAAAAAAAAGAGGAAAAAAAGAGCGUACAGAAACAGGACACAAAUGACGUAAAUGCUCGCAUUCUAUGCAGGUUUUGAAUUUAAUGUCCAUUAAGAGAAACUGAAAUUUUUAUUUUAAAUAAAUCAAUUCUAAUGUUUGUUACAUUUAAAGUGAUCCGGAAGUCCCAGUAGCUUUGACCGUACGGUAAUUCUGUGUUUUCAUCUUUUAUUUGUUUGGUUGACUAAACGGACACAAUUCACAUCAAUAAAAAACCGACGAAAACUACAGAGACAAUAAUAUUUUCUUACUAUAGCAAAGUUGAUGUUGACGAAAAUAGGCCAGCCAAGAGGGUCUCAAUGGGGUUAACCGUUAGACGUAAAACGGCCAAAAAUUUAGCCGUUAGGCGUAAAAAUGAGAGAAUUUUAGCCGUUAGCCGUAAAAAAAAUAAAAAAAUUAACCGUAAAAAAAAUCUAACCACAACCGUGAAGGCCUCAAGAUCUUUUUAUGAGUCUGAUGUGUUAGGGACUCUGUAAAGUGCGGAUCCGGACGGCGGAUAAGGACGGCGGAUGGCGGAUGGCGGACGGCGGAUGGCGGACGGCGGACGGCGGACAAUAAUAAAAAAAUAAAAAAAUAAAAAUAAAAUAAAACAAAAUAUACGUAUAAAAUAAAUAAACGAGAUAAAUGAAUAAGACGGCGGACGGCGGACAAUAAUAAAAAAAAAUAAAAUAAUAGAAAUAAAAUAAAAAAUAAAAAUAAAAUAAAAUAAAAUAGACGUAUAAAAUAAAUAAACGAGAUAAAUGAAUAAGAAAACAUAAGAAAAGCAAGAAAUAAAAAAAAAAAAAAGAGAAAAUCAUUAUUAGUCGAGACAUUCUCCAAUCACUGUCGGAAUCACUGUCGGAAAUCUUCGGAGAGGAGUCAAACAGAGUGGCCAGACACGUGGCUGGCUCGGAUUUCACUAGCAACUCGUGCGAAGAGAAGAUCUGUUGUUUUGGUUUGCAGAAUUUUGGUUUGUUGUUUUGGUUUUGCAAAAUGAACAAGAGAAGCUACGCUGAUGUAGUAUCUGGAAGUGGUAAGUUCAUCUUUGCGCAGUUGUCUGUUUUAUUUGGUGUUUGGUGUUUGCCGCAAUGCUUUAUAUCUCUUUCAGGGUCAUCGGAAUCAGAGUCAGAGUUAUUGUGCAGGCAAGUAACCUUUUAACCCUUUUAACCUUUAAAACGCGGACUUUUAGUGUAGGAAAUUUGGUUUUGUGGUACAAAGUGUGGUAGAAAAUGUGGAGUGUGGAAAAUGCGAAGUGUAGAAAAUGCGAAGUGUGGUAACUGCAAACUGCACUGCAACUGCACUGUAACAGCAGUGUCAUAAUAUUUACAAAUUGAUCAGUCCGGCCGGGAACUGUCACAAAUGGUAUGCCGUUUUUCUGAUUACAGCGCAAAAACAGUGCCGGAUUCAUAGUGGAAACAAGCGGACGAGAGCGCCAUAUGUACACUUCAGAAAAUAAUUAUUUCUUGUAAAAGUACUGAACCAUGCAUAUGUCAAACGACAGGACAUAACGUCCUGCCUAUUUUUAACUCAUAAAAGGUGGGAGGCCUUGCCUGGCGGCCCUUUCUUUCUCCUGUCCCCUGCCCCCUGUACGAAACCUGGACAAGCAAACUACUCUUUUCGAAGUAAUAAAAUCACCAAAUUUUAUUUUUUGUUUGCAGCCAAAUUCGUUGUAUCGCGAUGCGCGAAAUACAAAGUUCGAAGGAUUUGGGGUUUUUCUGUUCCGUCAAUCAUGCCAGUAGGGGGUGGAGCUAUGUAAUUCAAAAUGCAACGCGCCUGCUUGAGAUUUCUGCGAGACAAGAAUACACUCUUUUUUUUAUAAGAACGUCUAAGUUUGAUGCCGAGGCUGAGCGUUCUUUUGGCGAUUUGAGGCUGAAACGUUCUUAAAGAUGUUCUUAAAUUUACCUGGUAUAGUAUUUCAACCAAUUAGUGCGGACGUGACCAGGCAAACUAUGAAAGAGCAUUUCUUGCUGAGAUAUGGUAUCAAGUUGCUCGCACGUACUGGUUUGACUUGACUACACUCCCGGGGGGGGUACUCGAUAUAUCCUUGGUGCGGCCCGCUGAUUUUCCUACCCUGUUUAAGACAGAAUUCCGAUUUUUGAUACCCUGUUUAAGACAUUUAACCCGAAACUAUACCCUGUGUAAGACAAUAAUAAAUAUCGAAACUCUUUCUUAUUUAAUCCAUUGGCAAUCACAAAACUAUUUACAGCUUGAUUGACAGAGUCACGAGGAGCUCUUAACAGUUGAUAAAAUCGAUACCGUGAUUAACACAAAAAAUGAAAAAAUCGAUACCCUGUUUAAGACAAAAAAUGAUAAAAUCGAUACCCUGUUUAAGACAAAAAUCCCGAAAAACAUACCCUGGCUGGCCGCACGUCCCAUUAAGCCCUUAUAAGGGAGUCCCCCCCCCGGGACUACACUCCGCAUUUUCUACCAUGUUUUCUUUCACAAGUAAAAAGGUUUUUGAGUGUUAGUCAAACUGCUAUUCAUUUUAUUAAUCAUUAUUUCACAAUUUACAGUGUUUUUGCCCCCCCUGACACGACCUCGUCACCAAUAUUCAAACGACACAAGAAAACCACAACUGGGAAGAGCUCAGGUAAAUACCGGUUAUUGCAAAACCUACUUUACUAGAUUAGUUUAAUUUAGUCUAAUUUCAUUAGACCUGGAGCUGCGUACUGUCCCAAAGUGUGCCAAACGAAGUUUCUUCUUUGCGUUUCUCCAGCCUUGCUUUAUUCGCUCCCUCUUUCGUUUCUUUAUUUAUAGGGAGGUUGUGGCGAAAGGCGCUAAAUAAGGAGAUCAGUAAGGCUAAGGCUAAGAAAACAUCGAUAGCUGGGUAAGUGGAAAUUGAUUUAUUUUAAACUUGAGUCAACGAAGGAUUUCGGUUAAAGUCACAUGUAUAAAUAGAAUGCGAAUAUACCAGUGGGGGGCUCCCUUUUAAAAAUGAUUGGCUGCUCGUCAUACCUUUUAGGCGGUCAACAUUUGUACAUCGGUACCGCUUAGGAUGCUAAAAUCUAAAAUGACCACAGUUAGAAUUAUCACAGUACCUUUUAGGGUAUCAAGCCACACUCAUCAAACAAGAUUCUGCUACCUUUUAGGGUGUUUUUUGAAAAUUUCCGAUGAGCACUCCGUGAUUUUGAUAUGCGAGAUGCCCCCCCUCCCGGGAUGAAUGUGCCAUAAUGUCACCAAUGUUCGUUCUUGUGAUAUUCAAAAACAUAAAAUAUAGCCCGUACGCGAUCGACAAGGUUUGUUUUAUUUUUUUCAGAUGUGAUACGCAAGGAAAUCGUGAAAGGGAUGGACAAAGGUAGGCGGUUUUUCAGCAUUACAAACAAAAUUAAUGUUUGUUCAAUGCGACUUUGGCGCUCAAGUUCCGACUGAUCUUGUUAUAUUUCUACCGCACAAUUUAACUUUUCUCCUUUAGUUUGAACAUUUGUUUUUAAACGCGUGCGUUGACGAAAAUGUCUUGAAUAAAAAAUCGCGUACAAAAAAAUUUAAUUCUAAUUGAUUAAAAAAGAUUGAGCAUUUUAUGUAACACAAGAUGAAAAAGGUGUAAUAUGAAUUUAUACGACAACGAAGAAACGCGAAGGGCCUAAUUAUUAAACAGCUAUCGCCGGCCAUCGGACGUAUUAGGGAAAUGACUAAAGAUAACCGAAGAUUACCGAAGGUAUCACAUCUUCACGUUUAUUUUGAACUUCAUGCCUUGACUUAUUACGCUUUCGUUGUUUGCAUUUUUUUUUAUUUACUGUAGACAUGGCACAGUAGACUGUCCGAUAACUAUUUCAAGUCCAGAAACCAGUCCACCCCAAAAAAAGGAAGAAGUACCCUGGUAUGUAGAUUAUUUUAGAUAGAAAGAAAUCAUUAGCAAAAACAAUCACUUAUCCCAAAGCACAUGGUAUUGAGAUGUUCUUUUUCACUUGUACUUUUGCCAUGCAAUCCUCAGUACCCAAUGAACUUUGGAGAAGAUUUCAUGGUAAUACGUGAAUCGUCAGGUCAAUCCUAAUUUUUCCAUAAACAAAAUGUGUUAAGUGUUACCCUAUUAUUGAAACGCUUAGACACCAUUAAUUGUUAAUAGUUGGAAUGGUCUGUGUGUUUUCACAUGGUCUUCCACAGUCCGAAUUGUUUCCCUGUUAAAAAUGAUGUGUCUUGCUUGGCACUUCUUAGCCUGAAACCUCGUGUAUGCGCCUUCACAUUCUUGUUGUUUUAUUUUUAAAUUUUCUCGUAUUUUGACAAAUUAUACGCCCAAGUUAAUGCUUUGUCAUCGUCUUGUUAUUCAUUAUUUAGGACACGCGUUAAUGUCGAUUCUGCUACCAGAAGACAUCUUUUCGAUGCGGAUGAUGAUGAACCACUUGAGGUAUAAAAUUACAUAAUUCACAUCCGUUUGAUGGUAUAUUGAUAACUAGAGCAACAACGAAUUUAUUUUCCUUAUUAAAUGAGAGUUGCUUUUCCCUGAAUUCUCGUAUUGCUUCUAUGUACAAUUUACUGAAUGGGAUCGUUACAUAUGAAUCAUAUAUACUUCACCAGGCUCUGUUCUCAUAGCCUCUCUCAACCCAGGACUGUAAAUUUGGGUACGGGCGAACGUUGACAUUACCUGACUCUAAUCUGAUCUAUAGGUCAAAUUUCAAGGAAACCACGGUCAACUAAUGGAAACUAAUGACUCUGAGGAUACUUACAGCAGGUUAGUACGUAAUAGUAUUAAUACAUGGCAAUUACCUGUGAAAAUGUUACAGUUAACUGAAAAAAUGCUGUAUACUGUUAGAUGUAGAGUUCUUUCCGCCGGGUUUCGUCCACAUGAAAUACAAAAGCAAAACGUAUGGUUCACAUUCGUAAAGGUCAAGCAAAUAAAAUUGAGUGUCGCGUCGUUUACCUCUUUCUAAAGGUAUGCUGGAGAAUUCUACGAUGGAGACAGACGAACACCGGUAUUUAAAUGGUGUUCUUCGCCAUUAGCUUCAGAAGAGGCCGUCUUCCGCCUUCUACGCCCUUGCGAUGAAAGCUUAGUUGCCACUGCCACUCCCAGGAACGUUGCCCACAACUGCGUAUUCAUGGUCGAUUUAGAUCGCUUGCCUCACCAAGAAGAUGUGAAAUGUGAUAAUCUAGGUUCUUGGCGAAACAAUGGAACCAAGAAUCGCGUGUACGAAAUAAAUGAGGAUGGGUACCCUGAACUGGUUGACGAAGAAGAAGCAAGGGAAGCAACAGGCACAUAUACUCUCAAAAGAGUGUACUACAAAAAAGGGCAGCUCCCGACCUGAAGAAAAACAUCAUGACUUUGAAAGGUAAUGUUAACUACUUUUCUACCAGCAAAUAGUACAUUUUACUAGUGUUUUAAUGCAAAUGCUGCGUUUUGAUUGGCUGAGCUACUCGUGCAGCCGUUAGAAUAGGAGGACGCGCGAGCGAGUGUAUAGGUGUUCGAAAUAAGUGAAGAUUAAAUGCUAUUUGGGGAGAAAUGGGGACAAAUAAUUGGAAAUGGUUUUUUGAUAAUUUUGUGAGAAUUUUUUAAUAAAUAACUGUAUAUUUAGCUCUCAAUUUAUAUGCUCAUGAUCUAAUUGUUAAAUACAGGUUGCUUUCGACUUAGACAAAGAGAGUGGUGGCAGUGGUACUUUAUUUACUCGUUGUUAUUUUAGCCAUAGUUUUCCUUGAUUUUUUACUUCCAUUUCAUCCUGUAGAAUAUCCCAAGCUGUGCUUAAUUCAGUAUCUCUUCGAUGCGGUGGAGCAUAAAAUUGAUGUACCAUGCCAUGGAAACGUGAAGAAAGGUGGAAAUCCAUACACGCGUACUAAGCCAAGUGUUAUCGCGAACCUACGUUCCGCAGUAAAAGAUCAGAAACCUAAAGCAGCAUAUCAUCAGGUUGAGGAGAUGGUCGGUGGUAUCAUGAACGUAGAUUGCCUAUCUGACCUGCCAAGGAACAGAGACCAAGCCAGUUAUUUAAGGCGAGGCUCGUCAGAAAAAAAAACCACGUUGACUCCUUAGUGAUAUUGCUGGAGCAGUGUAAAAAGACAGCAGUUAGCAAACCCCAAAACCGCCUUUGUUCGUGAAGUUUCUUGCGCACCAGAGUUACGCUGCGUCAUGUGUUACGACGACCAGCUUGCUGACAUAGUGAGGUUUUGUACAAAUCCUAGCAGCUUCGGGAUCCUAGGCGCUGACCCAACGUUCAACCUUGGGAAGUUUAACGUGACUGUAACCACAUAUACCAACUUGUUAGUGGUUGAUCGUAAAACGCGCAGGCAUCCUGUGAUGAUUGGUCCCCUAUUCAUGCACCAAACAAAGACGUAUGACGCCUAUAACUACUUCUUUUUUCCAAACUGGUUAGCUUAAACAAAGAUAUUGAAACGUACUGGCCUUCGGUACGGAUGGUGAAGAGCCUCUUUUCAAAGCAAUGGAACGCAACAUGUACCACGGCAUCCACUUAAGAUGCUUUGGGCAUUUCAGGGACAACUGUAAAGAACAGCUGCGCGCCCUCCCACGAGAAGUUCAAAAGGAGUUCCUGGAUGACGUGUUUGGACGCAGGCUUGAAAAUGGUAGCAUGGAAGCUGGUAAGUUAACCCUCGAACGUACAAGGGGGAGGAUGAUUUCAAGACAAUUUUGUUGUUAGUCCGUGCCGUCAUUACUAGCUGUUCGUUUAUCUGUGAGACACAAUCGGUUUAUAUGGCAACAAGAUAUGACGUCAUAAGCAUAAGCAAGCCAUAUUUAAAAAUGCAUAUUUUUAACCUUUUUUUUUCAGUGAGUUUUACAACUCUAGCCAAAGAUAUUUUCAAUUUCCGAUUUUUAGUAAAAUCCAAGAUAACGUCACGGACCCCCAGCAGCGCCAUAACCCUUAAUAAUUUCCUUAUCUUUUUAGAUAAAAUAUUUCCCAAAUAUAGUAACACUGCAAAAAACCCAGGGAGGGGUUGCAACCACCCCCCUCUCCCCCUCUUUCCCUUUCUCCUCCCCUUGUACGGUCCACGGUGGGGGUAUAAGUUUGCGUGUACUCUUUCACUAUAUCAGAUCCCCCUCCCUCUAUGAGAAAGGGAAAGAAAGGGCCAUGGGAACGAGGUUGCAGGAAAAUCCUAAACUUUAUUUCGUUUCUCACUGAUAAAGGUCUUUUGGAUUGCGAGACAGAAGCUGACUUUCAAGCUCAGUUGGUGUCACUAAAGGACGUGUGGGAUGAGCGAGAAAAGGCCCAUCUGCCUGCUGGAAAGCAACCUUCAUUUCACAAAUAUAUCUCGGAAAAGGUGACAGCAGUUCAUGUACUUAGGAAAUGUUUGAAUUGCGGGAGUUUAAUUUUGGUAAUUUGGGUUUCUGGUAACAAAUAUAUCAACUCGAUUUAUCAAAUUUAUUCAGAAACCGCAGAGACUCUUCCCUAUUUGUUGUAAUUGUAAUGUUGGUAAUGUUUUCAAUUCAAAUUUAAAUUCAGCUUUUAUGGCCGGAGUUUAUUUUUACGAUAUCACAUUUCGUGAAACGCUGGAAACCCCGCAAAAUUCGCGAAAGUUAGAUUGCGCGCAAAUUUCAUGCCACACGGUUUUCUGUGUGGAAUAUGGAGAAUUUAUGUCAUCGCCAUUUGUAAUAACAUGCGCGGUUCAUAUAGCAACGGUUUCAUUCAAUAUUCUUAUAUUUAUGCAAGACCUUCAUUUUACUGGAGGUGCUAUGUAAGUAACAGUUGGCCAAUGACACAAAUUGCAAUUGAAAUCGGACAUCUGGCCUUUCAUUUCUAAACCAGCCAGCUAGAGAUCCCUUUGUUAUUGCGUUUUCCGGAACUUGGAACUUUUUAACGUAAUCACGAGCUUGACUUGUACUUUAAAAAAAGAAAAAACGUUUUGAAGUACGACAAUCCUUGUUUUAUCUAUAGUUAUGGAAAAUGUAGAGAAUUUACGCCUUAUGCUAUUAAAUUAAAGGACAACAUUGUCUCAUUUUAUUUCAGGAAAAAAUGAUCCAAGACAACAUGUUGCGCCCCAUUCGGUUGAAUGCAGGCCUAGGAAAUCCUCCAGAAGCAUAUUAUAACAACAUGCCAGAAUCAGCAAAUAAAAUUAUUAAAAUGGGAGUAGACUUUCAAAAGAAUGAAAUGUCACAAUUUAACGACAAGAUGGAGAAAGUAAUUCAGCAGCAGCGACGGGACUGUGAAUCAGCCGUAAUAAACAGAGGUCCAUAUGCUCUCACAGACGACUACCUUCACUUACAAAUGUCUCCUGACAAGUGGUUUUCCCUGAAUGCUCGUCAGCGUGAAAGGCAUUUGAAAAAGUUCUGGGAAGAAGUACCUGGAAGAAAUGUUGAUGUGCAGGAUGACAGUGGUAAUGUAAACGAUGACAAGGAAGAGAACACUUCCCUUACCAGCCCUCCAGAGCUGUCUGUAAGACCAGAGGAGUCAGGUGCAGCUGGUGUAGCUCUUCUUUCCCUAAAAGAGAUGUACCGGCAAGCAUCCAUUCUUCUCCUCAAGAAAGAUUCCAUUGUGGAAAUACCUUUUAAGCCCCAUACGUUUAUGGUUGAAAGCGACAAGGGAAGGCCACAUUAUGUUGUACUAGCAGAAAGUGGGAAGGUGACAUGCGAGGACUGUCCUC